CUCCGGUUCUCGUAUUCUAAGGGUUUUAGGAGAGGGAAGUAAUAAAAGGCAGAGUUUAAAAAGUAUAUGUUUUUCCAUCUCUAGAGCACUCCAGUCGUUUCUUAUUAACGUAAUCCAAAAGUUAUUUUGUGGCAGGAAUUUGCAUUGUGAUAAGACAAGUUCUAUGUAAAGUUGCUUGGAAGAAACCGUAAAUAUUCGAGCAGGUGGAGCAUCAAUUCCGACACGUGAAAGGGGGACUUGUCUUUUGGGACACAAUUGUUGCCAGCAUUUGUAUCCUGCUGGUCUGCUUUAUUAAACGCAUAGGGUCCCCACGUUUAACGCGCCUGGUUCUUUGUUUGAAGGACGUUUCCAAAUCAAAAGCCGGCUUUUUCUUCCUUUUUGAGUUAACAUUUUACCUGUCAUUGUGACGUUACCCUAAAUACUGAAAAUGUCAGCUGAAAGAUAUUCAACAUUGGAUGAACCGUCGCUUCGGAACAUGCUGGAUGGGACGAUGGAUCUGGAUAAGAGACGGCUGAUCCGUUCAGCCAUCAGAGAGCUGAGGAGGAGGGAGAUGGAGGACAUGGAGGCAGCCCUGGCCAGAAAACGCUUCCGGCCAACAAAUCUCAGCCAGAACGACGACAAAGAGAACCAACUCACACAUAGGUCAGAAUUGGGGGGCUCCCUAGACGUGCUCUCUGUGAAACUACAAGCCAUCCAGGACAUUGAGGAGCUGACUGGACUGCUGCGCGGUGCCAAUGAGUAUGAGGAGAGGAAACUGAUCAGAGCUGCCAUCCGCCGCCUCCGAGACGAGGAGCAGCAGGGUACAUGGGAGAAAGGGAGGACCACCGGCCGUUGUCUGGAGUUUGAGGGCCUGGAGCUCCAAAGCAGCCUGGGAACAGGGGACACAGAGAAGGAGAGGCUUAGCGAGCGAAAGAGAAUCAAGUCUCAGAUCCGGGAGCUACGGAGCCACCAGACGCAGCAGGGCAGAGAGCUGCACGGGACAGACUCCAACUCAGGCAUGGUUCUGGUUCUGGACCCCCUGGUGAGGGAUGAAGUCCCGGGCCCUCUGCUGACCCGCCCACCGACCCGGGACCCUGUGACAUCAUCAGAGCCGGACGUGGUCCUAUCCCACCGCCAGCGUUCUGACUCGACAUCCUCAGAACGCAGCCUGGCCUCCAGGCCCCGUCUGGACUCUGGAGCCUCAGAGAAGAGUCUGGGUCUGGGCUCAGCGUUCCGGACCAGGGUGGACUCUGGAGCAUCAGAAAAGAGCCUGGGCUCAGCCUUCAGGACCAGGUUGGACUCUGGAGCAUCAGAAAAGAGCCUGGGCUCAGCCUUCCGGACCAGGGUGGACUCUGGAGCAUCAGAAAAGAGCCUGGGCUCAGCCUUCCGGACCAGGGUGGACUCUGGAGCAUCAGAAAAGAGCCUGGGCUCAGCCUUCAGGACCAGGGUGGACUCUGGAGCAUCAGAAAAGAGCCUGGGCUCAGCCUUCAGGACCAGGGUGGACUCUGGAGCAUCAGAAAAGAGCCUGGGCUCAGCCUUCAGGACCAGGGUGGACUCUGGAGCAUCAGAAAAGAGCCUGGGCUCAACCUUCAGGACCAGGGUGGACUCUGGAGCAUCAGAAAAGAGCCUGGGCUCAGCCUUCAGGACCAGGGUGGACUCUGGAGCAUCAGACAGAAGCCAGUGUUCCGCCCACAGAGGCAGACUGGACUCUGGGGCCUCAGAGUCCCACUUCAGACAAAGACUGGACUCUGGCACAUCAGACUCCAGUAUGGGACCGCCAGCCCCCCUGGGCUCUGAGACCUCCGACGGCGCAGGGCUCCUGUCACGGAAACGGUUGGACUCAGGGACGUCUGACCUGAGCGUGGGAGUGUUGUCUGUGGGCCGGAGCCGAGUAGAGCUGCCAGAGGUGACCAUGAGUAGCUCCUCCUCCAACACAGACUCCGAGGCUGAAAGCACCAACCACCAUCCAGACCAGCCCCAUCAGGACAGCACCACUACCAACCAUUAUCAGCCUGAUGGGGCCGUCCUAUUCAGGAAAGCCCCAGAUUCCCACAGUGGCCUGCUCAAUGGCAGUGCCAAGGAAAGAGGAGACAUCCAGGAACAGAAGGUCAGAUAUACUUUACUCACUCCUCUCAGAAAAUCAAAUGAUGCAGUUCCUGAGAAGAAAGAGCCGGUUGUCUUGGCCCCGUUCGGCCGGGCUAACUCUGUGCGGGACCGUAUGCGUAAGUUCACGGAGCCCAGUCCCAGUGUCCCGGUCCUGAAGAGGGGCUCUCAGUCUCUGAGGAACGCGACAGCCCCCAGUGCCCGAGUCCUAGGCAGAGCCACCCAGCUGAGUGAGGGGCCAGCAGCAGGGACAGCCAAUCAGACAGCAGUGACCAAAGUAGUAUCCAUCACCACCCCUACAGACAGACCCGGGAGACCCCAUGUAAGCUCUACAUCCUACUCUUCAUCCGCCUCCUCCUCAAAGAACCAUGUCCAAUGCCAGGGCACAGUUCAUCCAGGGGGCGUGGCCACCAAACCUCUGCAAAGCGCUGCUCAAUCCUUGAACGCUGUAGGCGGGGCAAAGCAGGCGGCUGAAAAGCUGUGGCACGCCUCGGGCUGCUCAAAGGAAGACAAGACCCCAGGGAGAGCAUUUGCACAGCGGGACAGCAAGGGAGCGGCAGACCCCGACAUGAAGACCUUCCUAACUAUCGAGAUCAAAGAUGGGCGCACCACCACCACCUCUUCAUCCUCUAGAGGCAACCUGGCCCCACGCAUCUCCACCAACCCCAUAGGUCAGAGAGCAGAGUUGACCCUGGGCCUCAGAGCGACCCCCUUCAAGAUGUCCUCCUCCAGCCUUACCUACGGCUCCUCUUUCAAGAUGGCCUCAGAGCCCAUGUUGGCAGUGGAGCCCUCAGUGCGGGUGGCCUGCUGUCAGCCCCCGGCUGCUGUACCCAACGGCUCCUAUGCGCCACCUCGGGACAAAUUCGAAGAGUGCUCCAGAAAAAUGACCGCAGAACAGCUGGCCGCCAUCGACGAUGAGGAGCUCCUGGAUAAAAUGCUGGAUGAGUCCAAGGACUUUGGGGAGAGGAAGAUGAUCCGACAGGCCAUGAGAGAUCUGCGUAAGAGGAAGAGAGAGGCCGAACUGGGAUGUACUCAAGAGGAAAUAGACCAGAGAGAAAAGGAGCGGGAGUUUCGUCUUGCGGAGCUUCGGCAGCAGAGAGUGGAGCAUACUCAGAAGGGUCGUACGGGAGGAGGAGCUGGAGAGGUCGUCAUGAGGAAGGUGGAGAUGUCAGCUGAUGGCUCCACCCUCAGCCAAGUCACCAAGACAGACCGCUUUGCCCAGUCUGGUGAUGGCAGCAGGACAGCUCACAGCACCAUCAUGGAGGCCAGUUAUGUGAAGAAAACAGACGUGGGGACAGUUCAGUCCAAGUCCUACAGCUGCUCCUCCUCUACCUCCAGCAGCAGCUCCACCAGGAAAGUGGGCAGUGUGUUUGACCGCGAGGACGACUCGGCGUCCUGUGCUGCGGAGCGCCGGCAGGCAGAGAAGCGCAAGGAGCUGAUGAGAGCCCAGACUCUGCCCAAGAUGUCCGCCGCACAGUCCCGCAAAGCCAUGAUCGAGAAACUGGACAAGGAGAGCGGAGGGCCAGGAAAUAAAGCAGUUGCCAAGGUGAACACAGUCCAGCGCUCGGCUAGCUGCGUGGUGCCCAAUGCCAACUCCAUCAAACAGAUGCUCCUGGACUGGUGCCGCGCCAAGACCCGCUCAUACCAGAAUGUGGAUAUCCAGAACUUCUCGUCCAGUUGGAGUGAUGGCAUGGCGUUCUGUGCCCUGGUCCAUAACUUCUUCCCAGAUGCCUUUGACUACUCCUCUCUCACCCCUGCCAACCGCAGACACAACUUUGAGGUGGCCUUCAGCACUGCAGAGGAAUGUGCCAACUGUAUGCCCCUGUUGGAGGUAGAGGACAUGAUGAUCAUGGGGAGGAAGCCUGACUCCAAGUGUGUGUUCACCUAUGUGCAGUCACUGGUCAAUCACCUGCGCAGGCACGAGAUGAAACUCGCCAAACUCCAGGCCACCAACCUCUGAUCUGCUCACUGUGCAUCUUCCCCCAUCGCACCCCUCUCCUGAGCCCUGGUCCUGAACACCACCCAUGUCCCAAAAGACAGCAGCCCCGACUCUGAGUGAGGGGUGUUACUGAUUUGCACAUCUCUGAUGGCCAACAGGGUGGGGAGUGUGUAGGUGUUGGCAUCCAUCUUAUGAUUAUCUUUGUUGAUGGUGGUGGCAUGCCAGACAGAUAAAUUCCCUUCAUCUGAACACAUUUGUUUAGGCUGUGCGAACCUUCCCGUCUUAAUAGAGCAUCUUUAAGCUUUAAUUGAUAUUUUAUACUGAUAUUUAGUUGUACAGCCUAUCAGUCAUAAGGCAGUUCUAUACAUGGUUUGGAAGUCUGAAGAUUUAGCACCAACAAAACCCUACAUUAAAUGUACAUGAGAUAGGAAUUUUACUGUAUUCCCUCACCCACAUAAAUGCCUACAUUUUUUUAGUUUUCUGUGACAAUUGCAAGAUGUUACUCAAGCUGUUGGCGAUGAUGAAGAAAAAAAAUAUGAUAUGAGGCAUUGUUAAUAUUCCUUCAGUCCCCACUCUGGUACUGUUAAAGGUGUUACUAAAUCUGCUAAACACAUCUAUUUGAAUUGUUUUAAAUAGUGCUUGGUAUGGAGGGAUGUUCAUUAUUAUUUGGUGGGUCCUUAUAUUUAUCCUAUUACACACACGUACAAGUAUUUAUUAAUACGCAUGUGUGAAUUAGAUUAUUUUUUGCAUAUCACAACUCUCCCUGAGACAUCCUCAAGAAAGUGGGAUCGUGGCCAGGGUCUGGACCCUAGACCAAUUAGGAUUAAAUGCCUUGCUCAAAGGAUCAGACAGAUUUUUCACCUUGUUGGCUCGAGGAUUUGAACUACCGACCUUUCGGUUACAAACCCAACACUCUAACCCAGGGAUGGGCAACUCUAGUCCUCAGGGGCCGGAGUGGUGUCACUUUUUCUCCAUCCCUAUCAAACACAGCUCAUUAAACUAACUGCAUUCUAUACUGAAGAUCAUGAUUAGUUGAUUAUUGGAGUCAGGUGUGUUUGCUGAAGCAAAAGUGUGAAACCAAUCAGGCUCCCAAGGAAUGGAGUUGUCCAUCCUUACUCUAACCACUAAGCUAGCUGCCGCCCGAUGUUAUUCAGUAGCUGGCAUUAUGAAAUUGGCAGAUCCGUCUAUGCAGCACUAACAUAGCAGGUGUAAAGAAACGCCUGAGAAGGUUCUACAGAAACCAGAAUAAUCUGGUUCAGGCUUUGUCUCUUCUCUGCUUAUCCCCUGAAAACCGUAUGCUUCCAGGUUCUGCCGACCAACUGAAGGUGAUGCAAAACCGAUAUCUGAAUCUACAACUGAGGUUGAAGCCAGACUAGGUUGUGAUUGUAGUUGUGAAACUAUAAUUGUGUAUUUACACCACUCAGAAUAUUUACAUAAUUUUGGUCUGGAGAAACACCAGUGUUGAAAAGUAGGUUCCAAGUUCCUCUCAGACAGGUAAAAUCACACAUUGGUGUUUCUAGAUUAUCACACCUUUUCUCCUUGUCCUUGCCGCUGUUCGCUACAUUGGGGUCAAAAAAAAGUCUUGGCAUGGGGUUGUCACAUUCACACUGCCAGCAUCAACCCACCCAGCAAACACAUAGAAACACACAGCUCUUUAAUUAUGCUUGGGUAACAUUUAUGUUGGUGGUCAUACCAUAUGCUUUGAAGUUUUGUUUCAUGAGUCCAUCUAUGAAAAUGUUUGUACAGGCUAUAGGUUAUGGUAAUGUCAGUAUUUUUGGGCUCCCGAGUGGCACAAGGCACUGCUUCUCAGCUCUAGAGGUAUCACUACAGACCCUGAUUCGAUUCCAGGCUGUAUCACAACCAGCCGUGAUUGGGAGUCCCAUAGGGCAGCGCACAAUUGGCCCAGCGUUGUCCGGGUUUAGCCGUCAUUAUAAAUAAGAAUUUGUUCUUAACUGACGUGCUUCUACACCUGCAUUGCUUGCUGUUUGGGGUUUUAGGCUGGGUUUCUGUACAGCACUUUGAGAUAUCAGCUGAUGUACGAAGGGCUAUAUAAAUACAUUUGAUUUGACUUGCCUGGUUAAAUAAACAUUUGAAUAUGAAAAGGUUUGUUAGAGGCCAACCAAUCAAAUGUAUUUAUAAAGCCCUUCUUACAUCAACUGACGUACAGAAAACCAGCCUAAAACCCCAAACAGCAAGCAAUGCAGGUGUAGAAGCACGGUGGCUAGGAAUAACUCCCUAGAAAGGCCGGAACCUAGAGGAACCAGCCAGCUUCCCUUCUCUAAAUUCUUGGGCCCAAUGAAAGCUGGCUUUCAGCUCAGUUUAUUAUGACAGACAGGAGAAUAUUAAUGAUAAAGGCUGAAUGUACUUUAUUGCCCAUGUAUAUUUUCUGAAUUCUAGCUAAAUAAAAAUGUUUUAUGGUUUCUUUA